AUGACCAAGAAUGAAGCGACGGUGACGAGGAGAGGAAAAGUAUUUCUCUUUUCUUUCUUUUUGCUGUGGCGACAGGGGGUAGGGAUACGUUCGCAGUUAGGUCUCUCUCUCUCUCUCUCUCUCUCUCUCUCUCUCUCCCCUCUCUCUCUAUAUAUAUAUAUAUUUAUAUAUAUAUAUAUAUAUAUCACUCUCUUUCGCUCCCUCUCUCCAUUUAAUUUCACUCUCUCACUUUCUUUCUCUCUCCUUUUCUCCAUCUCUCUCUACUCUCUUUCUAUUUUCUCUCUAUCUCUCUUAUUAUUUCUCUGCCUCUCUCUCUCCAUUCUUUGUCUCUCUUUCUUUGUCUCUUUUUCUUUUUCUCUCUUUCUCUCUCUUUCCCUCUCUCUUUAUCUCCCUCUCUUUCUCUCUCUUUCUCUCUCUCUUUCUCUCCAUAUCUUUCUCCAUCUCUCUUUCUCUAACUCUCUCUCCCCCCUUUUCUUCACUUUCUUUCUCUUUUCCCUUCUUUAUCUCUCAUUCUCUUUUUGCUCUAUCUUUCAUUGUUUCUCUCUCUUUCUCUCCAUUUUUCUCUCUCUUUCUCUUACUCACGUUCAUUCUUUCUUUAUCCCUUUCUUUAUCUUUUUCUCUCAUUUUCUUUCUCUCUCUUUCAUUCAUUCUUUCUAUUUUUUCUCUCUUUUUCCUUCUCUCUCCCCCUUUCAUUUUCUCUCCCACUUUCUUUCCCUCUCCUUCUUUUUCUUUCUCACUCUCUCUUUCUCUUCAUUUCUUUCCUUCUAUCUCUUUCUCUCUCUCUUUCUUUCUCUCUCUUUCUCUCCAUCUCUUUCUCUUUCUUGUUAG